AUUUGCGCUGGGUGUGAAGCAAUAUCAGGGACUCUGCUGCUUAGGUCACACCUGAAACUUCUCGGCAACUAAAAUCUCUGCCCAACAUCCUUCUCUGGGCUUCUCAGGCUGCCUUCUGAAGGUAGUGGUUGUGAUGCAGUUUUCAGUCACAGCAAACAGACAAAGGGCCUUUUUGGCUGCGGUACUGGUGGGCCUGGCCAUGCUCAGCUAUUUUCUGCACAGGACAGAGAUCAAGGUUACUUUCUUUGGAAGCCACUCUGAAAGUUGCAUAAAGCAGUUGGCGCAGACAGAGGAAGCAUUUUGCCACUCGUUCACUGGGGACAGAAUUGGUCAGAGGGACCAAAGUGCCCUGUGUACAGUCUGGGCGCAGCAGAGAAGAAAAAAGCAAGAAAUGGAAGAUAUCCUGACAAAGCUGGACCAACAGAUGCCCAGCAUCACUUUCAGGGACGUGAAAACCACCACAAGUGCCAAGAAUAGCAAAGCCACCCUACUAAGCCACAAGGACUCCUACUGUGUUGGCGAUCACUUGAUAGUUAGAUUGGAUUUGUACGAUCACUUGGGAAAGAGGAAGAGGUACGGGGGAGACUUCCUAAGAGCCAGGGUCUAUUCGCCCGGUCUUAAAGCCGGAGCUUCGGGACAGGUAGAAGACUACAAGAAUGGGACAUACCUGGUCAAUUUCACACUAUUUUGGGAGGGGGAUGUCAGAGUUUCCAUCUUGCUCAUCCACCCCAGUGAAGGAGUUUCUGCCAUGUGGGCAGCAAGGAAGAAGGGGUACGAAAAAAUAGCUUUCACCGGCAAAUUUUUAAACGGGACAUCGGAAGUCUUCACCGAAUGUGGCUUUAAUAUAACCACAAAGGAGGAGCUGUGUGAGUAUCUUGAUGAGAGAGACCAGGAGGCAUUUUACUGCGUUAAACCCAAGCAUGUGCCUUGCGACGCUUUCAUCCACUUGAAGUCCAACAACAGACCAAUGUCCUACCUCACGCCCUUGGAAAAGAGUCUUUUUAACAGGAGCAACAUUGGUGUUGAGAUUCCACAGACUUUUGGCAACAUUCGUGUUCUGUCCUGCAACAGCACCAAGACAACACCCAGAGAGAAAUGUGCUGUUGGGACGAGCUCCCCGGUGCCCAGCGGCUUCGUGUGGCAGGCUCAAUGGCGCCCUGCUUUCUGCGCCACGUCGAGGCUCAGUACCUUGGACCAGAUUAACGCCUGCUUGAAAGGAAAGCUUAUUUACUUCAUGGGGGACUCGACGGUGCGCCAGUGGAUGGAGUACCUCACAAGGAGAGUGAGCACCCUAAAGUUCUUUGACCUGCAUGGAAUUGGGAAGCUCCAGAAUUUGUUAGCAGUGGAUAUGGCCAGAAAUGUUCAGAUCCAGUGGAAAAAGCACGGCCAUCCCAUCAUCACUGCCUAUGACUACACAGCGAAAGAUCACAGCUACGUGGCUCGGGACAUCGACAAGGUGGCAGGAGACAGAGACACGGCUGUUGUCAUUUCUCUGGGCCAGCACUUCCGACCCUUCCCCAUGGAGCUCUUCCUUCGAAGGAUGCUAAAUGUUCGGGCAGCCGUCCAGCGCCUCCUCCUGAGGAGCCCAGACACCAAAGUCAUCAUCAAAGCAGAGAAUAUCCGGGAGAUGUACAUAGACCCAGAGCGAUUUGGUGACAUCCACGGCUACACCCAAUACCUUGCGCUGAGGGGAAUUUUUCAGCAUCUCAACGUGGGUUUUAUUGAUACGUGGGACAUGAGCAUUGCUUGUGCCGUAAACAAUGUCCACCCGCCAGAGGAAGUGGUUGGGAACCAAAUAGAUAUGUUUUUUGCUUAUAUCUGUUAACACGGGAAGGAAAGUGGAGUAGGGGAAAAGAGAACGUUUUGGCCCACAGAUGGCACAUUUGUGUUGGGCCCCCAGACAAGUCCCCCACCAUCAAAGGAGCUCUGGGACUGCGUCACCUAAGCAGAAGCUCCAGCAGCCACACGUUUCAUGCUGCACAAUAAAUCUCUUG